GAACCGGUUUAGCUUCAACGCCACGUGACCUAAUUUCUCAUACUCUUCUGCGUCUCUGCUCUUCACCACAUGAGCAACUUCUCUCAUCUCCGCCUCAAGCUCUUGACUCCAUCCAUUCGCAAGACUAGUUUUAGGGUUUUUCUCCUUGUUUUCAGGCCACCAAGUCGCCGGUUUAAACUCUUCCGGAAACUUCUCGAGCAUUGUUCCGAUCAGAGGAAGAGGAUAAGCUUUAUCUAGAGACAACACUCUCUUUAUCACUUCCUUAACAUCUUCUUCUUCGAUCUCCUCGUUUUCUCUCAGAAACAUUUCGAUUUCGACUCUCAGCUUCUUGAACAGCCUCGUCGCGUUCCUCUGUUCUUCAGCUAGCUGCGAAGGUUGAAUCUUGCUCAUCAAGGCAGCAAAACCCGUCGCAGAUGUUAACAACACCGUUGAAGCUAUCUUCACAGCGGUUACAGAAUCUACACCGUGACCGUUAACCGAGGCUAUUCCGGCCAUCAAAGCGGCAGUGAGAGUAAUCAUGUUGACAGAAUUGAGCAGUAAAGAGUUCCAAUUGUUACGUUGAUCUCCGAUGUUCUUGUGCAUCUCAAUCCUAUCCAUAACUUCUUCAAGAACCGCAUUGAGACGAGUUCUUUGGAUAGAAUCAGAACCUCUCUUUUGUUUCAACGAAAGAGGAAGACUUUCUACAAACUCAAAGCUCGGUUCUUUAACCGAUAAAGUAGGAAUUUGGUCAAAUUGCUUAAGACACAAAUGACAAAACACUAGAGAGAGUAUCGAAGAGAAGAAUCCAAAAAAAUGGGAUCUUCACCACCGAAGAAGACGACUCUGCAACGGUACUUGUCACAGCUUCAACAACAUCCUUUAAGAACAAAGGCAAUAACUGCUGGAGUUUUGUCUGGUGUUAGCGAUGUUGUAUCACAGAAGCUCUCUGGCAUACAGAAGAUUCAGCUGAGAAGGGUUCUUCUCAAAGUGAUAUUUGCUGGUGGGUUUCUUGGACCAGCAGGGCAUUUCUUUCAUACAUAUUUAGAUAAGUUUUUUAAAGGGAAGAAGGAUACACAGACUGUUGCAAAGAAGGUAAUUCUGGAGCAAUUGACAUUGUCACCAUUGAACCAUUUGCUUUUCAUGAUCUAUUAUGGAGUAGUCAUAGAAAGAACUCCCUGGACCCUUGUUAGAGAAAGGAUCAAGAAGACUUAUCCAACGGUCCAGCUUACUGCAUGGACGUUUUUCCCGGUGGUGGGAUGGAUUAACUACAAGUAUGUGCCACUGCACUUCCGGGUCAUCUUGCACAGCCUGGUCGCAUUCUUUUGGGGAAUUUUCCUAACCCUGCGAGCGAGGUCAAUGACACUAGCUUUGGCAAAGGCUAAGUGAUUAGGAAACACAUGGAUCGUGACAGAGAACUCAAGCCUUGGGACUCAUUAUGAUCACUUAGUACUCUGUAAGUUAAAGCAAAUCAAACAGCUCUGAAACCAAAUAAAAAUCUGUAUUAAGAUGAUACCAUUCUAGGAUAGCAAUAUGUUUUAAGUUAUUACAAACACAUUCACAAACAUCAUAUAAAAAACGAGGGUAUUAAAGAAGAGAUAUUGUUUAAGCAGCUUUGGCGAAUCCAACUCUUCCUUUCCCAUAAUCGAACACUGUGUGGUAUGGUCCCAUGAAGAUAUCACCCAAGAUCC